AUGCGCAAUGUUCGCCCCUCCGCGUGCUCCAGUAGUAAACUUGAAAAUACCUUUGUCACUGACAUUGGCGUUGAUAGCUUCUCCGGUGAUUUAUGGAUUGGAACAUCGAGUGGAAUUAGUCACCUGCGGGGAAAAUAUUGCGUUGAAACGUUUUACUCUGAUAAACCAGUUUCUAAAAUCGUUUUUUUGAACCUUCCCUCUAUAUGCGUUCUCUGCAACCGUGAACUGCUGAUCUUAGAGCUACCUAACCAGGUUCGAGUUAUUGGUGACGUUAUUUCUUAUGUCUUUAAGAUUAUCGAACAUCGAGAAUUCGAUGAUGACUUGUUUGACUGUGUUUUCUGUCCAGACUUAUCCAUAGGAGUUGCUCUUUCAGGCAAUUUCGUCAGUGUUGGAUGGGGUAAGGAGGAAACUCAAUUCAAGGGAAAGAAAAGAGGACCGCAAGACUUGGUUGAACCCACUGAACCUCUACUUUCCACGUCGUAUCUUCCCGGGCAGAUCACAUGGCGUGAAGAUGGCCAGUUUUUUGCUAUUUUAUGGAGCGAUGCAAGCGAGCCUACAGUACAGCGUCGACUCCAUGUUUUUGAUGUUAACGCAGAACUUAAAUCAGUUGGUAUGGAAACCAAGGAACUAGAGACUGGUUUGUGUUGGCGACCAAAAGUGCAACUUAUUGCAGCGAGCAAACGCCGAAGUGGAAGAUGCCUUCAAGUGGCUUUUUUUGAAUUGAAUGGCCUUCAACACGGAGAGGUUGAUCUUCUUUACGCUCCUGAUUGUAGCAAAUUUCGUGUGGACAAAAUUGCUUUUCACCCACUUGAUCACAUCAUGGCUGUACUGUUUCUCCCACUGAGUCCAAAUGACGGAUCUGCGACGCCCUUUGUUAAACUAUUUACAGUAUCCAAUUACCACUGGAAUGUGGAGGCAGUUUUCUCACUAGUCCCCUAUGAAACUCUACGCGAACUUACUCCGGGGCCGAUUUCCCUCGUAUUUGGAAACGCAAGUGAAACCGGCACAUCAACACUGCAUACCGCGGUUUCUUUGGGUCCAGAGAAGGGUGCUCUCAUACGCAGUUUGUCUCUAGUGCGUAGCAUUGAUCGAAGCUGUUCUCUAACACCCGACGACCCUGCUCUCGUGGCUGUAAUUGAUGGUUGCUCUGUUCGUCUCACGGGCUUCGCUCACUGUUCGGUGCCGCCACCGAUGUGUGCUACCAAGUUAUCGUUUCCGGCAUCAGUUGCCGCAGUCAGUCUCUCAGGCCUUUGGGCGUCUUCUAGCAAAGGGGCCGUCAGUAUGUUUGUUCAGCUCAGCAACUCUGAAUCAGCCUUCUGGCUCACGAUAUCUCCUGGCUGGAAGUCGGCGGAUAAAGCCACAAAGCUUUGCAAUGACACCCUUGUCGUGGAGAGAGAACAGGUGAGCAAAGAAGUUGCUCCCUUCGUUUCAGACGCUUGCAUCGUGGGGAAAGAUGCUUUGGUGUUUGUCAACAAGCAAGCAGAUGUCAUUUUAAAGGGCCAAAUUUUGCACUGUACAUGGAUUUCACCUGAAAACCUGUGCUUCGUGUCCGAGGACGGUCGCUUUCUUGGGAUGAUGUCCAAGCACGUAGUCUCAGACUCGAUAAAGUUUGACGUCCGCUGUCUGGCAUCACUGUCUGAGAAUUCGGUCGCUACCAUAAGCGGUUUGGUCUGUGGUCCAAACGGAGACGUAGCUGUUCAAGUUGGCGAUGGAGACAUUUACAUCGUCAAUGUCAAGUCCCUUGGAGAUUUAGUUUCACCGGCGAUUCUUGGGGUUCAGGACGUGGCAGUGCGGCUUCCCUUUGCCUGCAACCAACUCUACGUGGUGCCCUUCAGGUGUGCGGGCGCUGUGGCCAAGCCGACGCCUCUGUUAGUAGGCCUACAGUCUAGCACUCACCGCCUGUGUGCUGCGGAGUGGAACAGCAGCGUCCACCAGGCCGCUGGCGAGUGCGUAAUGCAACUCUGCUCCUCCAUCGCUGUUCACCCGCACUUCCUCCUCGUUACGAGUCUUCAAAGUGAACUCUUUUCAGUGCCUUUAGCCCUAGAACCGGAAGAAUUCCAAUCAAUCCUGAAGACCAUCAAGCAACGGUUGUGUGCCAGCCGCACCGCUGAUCAGCCUCCAGGCCUCUGCCUUGAACACCCGUCUUCAGCCCAAUCUCGGGCCCUUGAAUUGGGCGCGAGCCUGGUCACCGCUGUGCCGGGGGGCACCAAGGUGGUCCUCCAGAUGCCCCGGGGCAAUCUCGAGGAUGUGCACCCGAGGGCGCUCGUGUUCAACUACCUCACCCCAUUGUUUGACAGCCUGCGACAUGCUGAGGCCGUUGAAACGAUGCGACGCCAUCGGAUAAAUUUCAACCUCCUCUACGACUACAACCCGCGCAAAUUCCUCUCCAAUGUCCACAAUUUUGUGCACCAAUUGGGCUCGACAGAACACAUUACCCUCUUAGUCUCCGAUCUCCGAGAGGAGGACAUCACGGAGACAGAGUACAACGGGUUCUUUGGGAAGAAGCCGGUUCCAGCAAGGCGUCUACUCGACCAAGCCGCCGCCAAAGUUCGAGGCGAUGUUCCGCGUGGAGCCUCAACCGAGCCUUGCCCCCCCACGGCGGCAAAAGUCAACCUCGUCUGUGACGCCCUCCUCAAGGCCAUGUUACCGGAGAAAAGUCGGUUCAUCCUUCCAAUUCUAACCUGCUACGUGAAGAAGUGCCCCUCUGAGGUUGAAAAGGGACUUUUGCUUCUCAAGGACUUUCGGGGUAAAGGUGAUGCGUCGACUUGGAGCCGGGGCUUACGCCACCUCCAGUACUACCUCAGUCCAGUGAACCUAUUCCAUGUCGCGCUGGGCACCUACGACUUGGAGUUGGCCGAAGCCAUGGCCGAGAGGACCCAGCUGGACCCGAAGGAGUACCAGCCCUGUCUGCGCGAACUUGGCUCUCUUGUCGGGGAUGGUGUGUGUUCCCGGGACGUGGAAGUUGCCUACCAGCACGCUCGGAUCGACCUGCUGUUGCAACGCUACUCAAAAGCCCUCAAAAACCUUCAUCUCUCGGGCGCGGCACAUUGGGAGGAGUUGUGCGGUGUCAUUAAGAAGCAGAAGCUCUUUUCCGAGGCGCUGGAACUGUUCACACCUCGAACUUUGCAGUUUUCUGAAAUCAGCCGAUUGUGGGCGGAGGCGCUGACGGCUUCGCAGCGAUUGGCGGCCGCAGGGGAGGUGCACCUGCGCGCCGGCCACUACGCCUCAGCGGCCAGCCUCUUCCUUUCGACCAACUCCUGCCUGCUCUGGCGACUCACCGUCGACACGGCGCGCAGCACUCCAGCCUUUGGGGAGUGCGAGCAGUUGCCUGAGGAGGAAGUUAGGCGCCAGGCCACUCGCCUUGCCUUGAAUCUCAAAUCUCUGCGGCGAUUUACCGAAGCGAUCCCUAUCUACACGGACUACCUUCAAGACUACGAAGGCGCGUUACGUGCAGCAACAGAGUGCGGGCUGUGGACGGAGGCACGAAGACUGGCACUGUGCGUCGAUGGCAAGGAUUUGGUGACGUCUGUCAUCAAACAUUCUGCAAUUCAGGCCUACGAACACUUGUGCGGUCGGUUUGCUGACGAAGAACAGGAAUUCCAUCGUGUCUUCGAACGCCUUCUGAAAGUGAGAGCCGACCUGAGGGCGAAUGCCACGAAAGACGAGCUUGGGGGAGAAGUAUUCGAUGACGCAGAAAGUGAACUAUUCUCGGAAACCGGAAGCGUAACCAGCGGCACUUCGGUUAGCAGUCGCGAUAGCUUUUUCUCGAAAGCCUCCGGGCGUUCACGCAAAAACAGGCGGAAACAAGACCGUAAGAAGUGGUCCGUCAAGGAGGGCAGCAAAUUUGAAGAGGUGGCACUCAUCCAGGUAAUCUACAACAUCAUUGAAUCUUUCCAGCGGUUGGCAGAAAGUAUUCCGCCGCUAGUCGAUGAGCUCUGGCGUUUGGGUGAAGCCGAGUUGGCCAGAAAGAUUGUACGGAGAUCCAACAGCCUUCUAACCGACCAUCGCGCUUGUAUAAACAUUGUCUGGUGCCCAGAAAUUACCGGAAAUCAGGGAUCAGAACAAGCUGACGAUAGAGGGGGAGAAAUCCAACAGAGGCGUUACACUUUUCAUGAGUCAUUUCUACUCUUUCCACCGGCGAUAACAGUGAAGAGGAUUAACAGUGAAUAUGUCUUAUAG